AUGGUGCGACUAAGAAUGCCCUCGAACAAAACACUGGGCAACAUUUGCGUCUAUGGCGCCGUGGCCUCCAUUUCAGCGGUGAUGUACAUGAGGUGGAAAAUGGAGGAUCGUGUGAGAUCCUGUGAGUACUACAAACUGGCCCUGAAGGCAUUGCGCAGCCAUCGAGGAGCCUCGAGUCUCCUGGGGGAGCCCAUCAAGGACUUGGGCAUAGAUCUGUCCAAUGCCAACAACAAUUGCAAUGCGGAGAUGGCGCAUUUCGAGGUUUCCGUGCGGGGCAGCAAAGAUAAGGGAACCCUCUUCUUUUGGGCCUCCCAUCAGCCGGACAGAGGCUGGCUGAUCGACCGACUGGAGCUGGAGACCAAACUCAAUCCCGAGAAGCGCUUCCUGCUCAAGAAGUCCGAGGAACUGACCUUCGAUCUGCCCGAGAGCCUGAGCAAACAGCCUGCUCAAGUGGAUUCCAAAGUUAGUCUAUCCGAAAGCAAUCUGCUAAAUAAUAACGAAACUAAAACGCAUACAAAGUGA